GUCCGCUCUCACGCAAUGGCCGUCACGUUCCAUCCCUUCCCCCGUCUUCCCACCGAGCUUCGGCUCCGGAUUUGGGCCCUUGCGGCAACUCCACGCCUCGUCCACAUCAGCGCGAGGCCGACGGAAGUGGUUCGCUGGAGGCGCAUCGCCCCAAACGACUUCUCCUCGGCCAUGGCGCCGCCUGCAGUGAUGCACGUAUGCCGCGAGUCCCGUCAAGCCGCGGCGUAUCAGAAGGCCUUCUUCACCAUGGUGCCCGGCGAGCAUGAGCAUCGGUACAUCUGGGUCGAUUUCGAGCAGGACAUGAUCUGUCUCGCAGACGAUAGAGUGGACUGGCUCGAGCCGUAUCAGGCCGAUAUUCGGCGGCUCAGGUUUACAGUUCCACCUGGCGACCGCGGUGACUUACUGUUUGAUGUCUUUGGUAGCGUGAGUAAAAAGCUCAUGGCGCCGUUCACUGCCCUGCGAGAGCUUCACCUGGCAAUAUCGGAAUAUUUCUGUGCUUGGGGCUCGACAUGGGCGGUCUGUGGCUUCGGACCAUGUGCUCGGGAAAACGUUAGGUUCCUUGAUCUCAACACAGGGCUUUUGUUGACUGGUCCUCAGCUGGAGAUGGCAUACACGUGGCAGUGGCAGCAAGGGGGGAGGCUUUCUCUCCUUUUAACUUAUACUGCUAUUUAA